ACACGGGGAAGCGACAUGGCUGAGGGAUUUCGACUUCCUGAUUAUGGCAUUGAAGGGACUAGGAUCGGUGAUAUCUUCGUAUCAAAUGCAGAAAUCAGUAUGCGAAGUGGUGGGACAACAGUGUUCGAGGGCUUCUGUCGUGAUGGCACACCUGUAGCUGUGAAGCGAUUAGUGCGGGGUCAUCGUACUGUUGUCUCCAAUUGGAUUCCUCAGUUGAUGACGUACGAACAUCCAAAUAUUGUUCGGUAUUUGGGAUUUGAAUUCGACGAGGAUUUCAUCUAUCUUCCUCUGGAGCGCUGUACUUGCAGCUUGUAUGAUUUGAUUCGAGCACUCUCGGCCGCUACAGACCCUUCAGAGUUCUCUGUCUCUCUUGAUGAUCCACCAGAAAUUGUUAAGUAUAAGAGCAAGAUGAGAUGUAUUAGGGAUACGAUGCAGGAUGUUAGCUUGUGGACUCAUGGCGGUUGUCCCUCACCCUUGUUGCUGAAACUGAUGAGGGAGGUGGUAUCAGGACUCGGCCAUUUGCAUGACUUGGAUAUACUCCAUCGGGAUUUAAAGCCUCAAAAUAUCUUGAUCACUGGGAAACCAUUAGUUGCGAAGCUAUCUGAUAUAGGAAUUAGUCGUUGUUGCCCUCAUGGAGGAUCUUCCACGAGUUGUGGUACCUUAGGAUGGCAAGCACGUGAGAUGCUUCGUCCUGAUGUGCAACCUAGUCCGGCAAAUGAUAUGUUUAGUUUAGGUUGUGUCCUCUUCUUUUCUGUCACUGGUGGAAAACAUCCAUUUGGCAAACCUGGAAAACGUGCCAUCGACAUCCAGAACAACAUCCAAAACAACACCAUGGAUCUGUCCUCGGUAGCCUCCAUACCGGAGGCUCAUGAUUUGAUAUCGGGUUUACUAAACCCGGAUCCUAUACUGAGGCCAAAGGUAUCAAAGGUGCUUCACCAUCCGUUUUGGAGUUCAGAGAUGUUGUCUCGAUUCUGCUUUUCAAGUUUGGACAAAAUGAAGAAGUUUGUUAAGUGAUGUGCUUUUCACAUGGUAGGUGUCAACUUUUGUUAGGUC